AUGAAGAUCUCAGUCCUUUUCUUUACGUCCGCCCUCGUCGUGGGCGUUCUCGCAGCGCCUAUCGACAAGACCGCCCCCGCCGAUGCGAUCAACAUCCUUAACGAUGACAUCGCCGAGGCACCGGUCAACGACCUUAACCAGAUCAAGAAGCGGGAAAAGAUGUUCGAAGGCGGAGGAAGAGGUGGUGGAGGAGGAGGAGGAGGAGCAAGGAAUAGUGGCAGUGGAGGGAAAGGGAAGUCCAAGAAGCCAGAGUCCGGGACCGGGGGUAGCGUGGGCAAUGUCGGAUCGGGCGGUAAGAGCAAGUCAAAGGAACCGAGUUGCGGAGGUGGCGGCACAAACUCGAUCAGUGUUGGCUGCUGA